AUGUUUGGUCUGGAACGUGAAAACUUGGUGAAAAUUCAUGAGUGGUUUGAUACCUUGUUGAAGAUUUUUGAGGAAUUAGGCUUCCUACAGCCUGUGAGGAAGGGUACAAAUGGUGGUGUGACAAAAGCAGGACUUCUAGCCGCUGCAGCCGGUGGAAGUGUCAUUGGACUAUCAUAUGUUCUUUUAGAAUUUUCGACAAUCAAGUGCAGGUCUGAUAGAGUUCUCAAGCAACUACUGGUAAUACCCAUCGCUACCACGGCAGGACUAGGUGGGAGUAUCAUUGACUCUCUAUUGGGUGCAACCUUACAAUUUAGAGGAUUCUGCUCUAUUCGCCAGAAGGUUGUUGGGAAGCCCGAACCAACCAUUAAAAAGAUUUCAGGACUCAGCAUUCUUGACAACAAUGCAGUGAACUUUGUGUCAAUACUGUUCGAUGCUAGUGACGGAGUUGCAAUGUAUGGUUAUAAUUGA